AUGGAGGGUCCCAAGGACCGGCCCGAUUACUCGACCUGGAACCACUCGAGUUUGAUCGCUCGCAUUACAGACCUCGAGCGCCAGCUUCACUCCCACACAACGGAAUACACAGCGCCGACCGAAACCCUGUCGCACCAGACACCGCAACCUUCUGCGCCCAUCUCUGAUGGCCACGAACCUGGGAUUCCACUUCCUGACUCUGCUCAAAACCCGAAGAAGCGCCCACACUCCCCUCCCGAAGGCGACAUCACUAAAUUGCCUGCGCCGGCGCGAUCAGUCAAGAAUAAUACACCGGCUAAAGUUGAGCGUGCUUUUGACCCCACCAAAUACUCGACGCGCUACAUUGCGCUCAAGUUUGCAUACCUGGGCCAGCAAUACAAUGGUCUCGAGCACACCAAUGGCAAUACAACCCCGCUGCCUACGAUCGAGGAGAUCAUGUGGAAGGCCUUGCGCCGUACUCGGCUCAUCUUCCCCCAGACUACCUCGGACCUGGAGCCGACUGAGCGCGGUGAGCGGGUCCCUUUGCGCCCUUACCACCUUUACUGGGAUGGAUGUGAAUACUCGAAAGCAGGACGCACGGACAAGGGAGUAAGUGCCUUCGGGCAAGUUAUUGGUUUGAGAGUUCGCAGUCAAAGGCCUAACCCCAGGGCCCCCGUUGAAGGCGAGGAUGAAAUGCAGAUUGACUCGGAAUCUACUGAAAAGGAGUGGGACGACGUCGCGGAUGAGAUCAACUACGUAGCUGUUUUGAACAGAGUGCUUCCAGAAGAUAUUCGAGUGCUGGCAUGGUGUCCUAACCCGCCACCUGGAUUUGAUGCCCGCUUCUCUUGUCGCGAACGCCGGUACAGGUACUUCUUCACCAACCCCGCAAUGUCACCAACUCCGGGACCCGCUGGUUUCGAGAAUCGUGCACAAAACGGAAAAGGUCCGCAGGCCGAGUUUCGCGAGGGCUGGCUCGAUAUCGAGGCCAUGCGCGAGGCUGCCAAGCAUUUCGAGGGAGUUCAUGAUUUCCGGAACUUCUGCAAGCUGGAUUCAAUGAAGCAGAUUGAUAACUUCGAGCGCAUCAUCCAUCACUCCUCCAUCGAAGCCGUCAACCCUAAGACCAACCCACUGGGCUAUGUUGGCAAAGCUGGCUACCAGGCCAAAGAGGACUCUAUUCCGGAGCCGGACUUGACAACCCCCGACACUGUGUCUCAAAGCACUCCUCAGGUGUAUUCGUUCAAUCUCCACGGAUCUGCCUUUUUGUGGCACCAGGUGCGACACAUGGUUGCGAUUCUGUUCCUGGUCGGACAGGGACUAGAGUCCCCAUCUAUUGUCCCUGAAUUGCUGGAUAUUUCCAAGAACCCAUGCAAGCCGACUUACGCGAUGGCUGAUGAUGCUCCUCUAGUUCUUGAAGACUGCAUUUUCCCUGACAUAGCCUCUGGUAGCCGCAAAGAUGCCUUGAAUUGGGUCUAUGCUGGCGAUCGGGUUAGCAAUUCCAAGAACAGUGCCAAAGGCGAUGCCAAGUUUGGGUUGCGAGGCACCGUUGAAACAAUAUGGACGGUUUGGAGACAGCGCAAGAUCGAUGAAAUUCUCGCAGGUGCUUUGCUGGACUUGGCUGUCAAUCAGGGUAACCAGAGCCCCGAGGACAUGGACAGCAAAUGGAAGACGGCGGGCUUCUCCAAGAGAUCGAACAGAGGCUCCAAAAUAUGGUAUGGUGGAAAUGAAGCCGAUGUUGGUGGAAAUUAUGUACCUGUCAACCGCAAGCCCAAGAUGGAAAGCGUGGAGGUUCAAAAUGCCAAAGGACUCAGGGCUAAACACCGAAGAAUGGCAAGAAUUGAGGCCGCAAAGGCGCCACAGGUAUGA